CAUUGCCUUCCCUUCCCCCUCACCUCACACCUCGUACUCCCCCACAGGCGAGGCGGCGGCGGUGCUGGUGCUGGGAUGGAAGGAAAAGGAUACAAUAUGUAGAAGGCUUACCAGAAAUGACAUCGUGACUGAGGAAGCGAACACAACCACCAGCAGCUCAGCGGGCGUGUGUAUGCUGGUGAAGCCUGAGGCGAAACAAAUGAGGAAUUCAAACUUUAUGCUCCGCCUUGGCUUCCGUGGUCGGACUGUGAAGGCAGAUAUUGACAACUCUCUCGCACUUGUUGUGAAUUAUAUCAACACGGCGAACGAGCUGAACGCUACGCUGAGGGCAGGGGCGUGGAACAGUGUGUGUGUGGGCGUGUCCGUCACCCACGCCACUCACACACAGGAGGAAGACCAGCAGGAUUUAUGGAUAUAUAAGGUGUGGGUGUCCCUACAUGGCCGCCGCCAUGACACCACUGCCGGUGGCUUCAUGAGUGGGUGGCAGGGGUGGCAGAACGGCAUGGUGGUAUGUUUCAGUAACAACUUUACCGGCAUGGUCACCGGGCUCACCCUGCUGAAGGGGAAGGAGGUGGAGGAGGAAGAGGAAGGUGGAAGGAUGCGAAUUCCUGCUGACUGUUCUGCUUUAGUGGCUCGGAAUGUCCUCACUCACCCCCUGGACGAUUCUUGGUUUUUGAAAAACUAUUCCCUGACCCUGGAGGAGGAGCUGCCGGAGGACCCCUGUUUGAGGACUCCCCCCCAGACGGUGAGGCUCCAGGGGCCUGGAGGCUACCAGGCAUUUCUAUGGCUGUGUCGCAGCCUUGGAGGAGACCUUCCGACUAGGGUUGAUGAUAUGAUGAUGGAGCACAACUGCUCCACAGGGAAGUAUUUGACCUGGGCGAGUAGAAGUGUAGAAAUGGGUGCUGGCUCCGAUGCCCUCUGCCCCGUGCUGCUGGCGGGGGGCGGGGCGGGACAGCUGCCCUGCCUCAAUGAGCUGGACUGUGCGUUUUGCCUGGUUCCUGAAGGCCUGACAUACACCCUCUUCGGUCAGGCCAAAGGCUUUGACCGCCAUUACACCCUCAGGACACUGCUGGAUGGGACCUUUGACUUCCAAGGGAUGGGGACGAGCGUCAUCUACCAGGGGGCGUUGGGGUGGACGCUGGGCUCAAGACACCACAACGAAGAAUUCCACCAGAGGUUGUGGGUGAUGGGCCGCCGCCGCUGGUACCGCACAGGUUUGGGUCACCUGACAAACGCCCACACAUGCACAGACAACUCCAAAAACUCGGAUACACACACUGCCUCAAAGCUCCUCACCUUCACAGUCUGUAACGCCCUCUAUUUCUCCUCUGACGACGGUGAGUGUCUGUUACGCAGAGAAAUGUGUGACCUAGGGACAAACUCCUCAGGUUGGAGUGAUCAAAGGAACUGCAAAACCCGAAUAAUAACUGACGCUGAAGACUACGAUACACAAUACGGGCCUUUCACCCGGGUGGACCAACAGAGCUUUUCCUACGAGAUAAAGGUUCGUAGGAUUUUCAAGAUAAGCACUGUGGAAGGGAAGGCCACCUUGCAGCUUCAUAUACUAUUUACGUGGCAAGAUUUACAUCUUAAACACAACAGUUUGGAUGAAGCAAGGCUUAUCCCGUGUGGGUUCUGAACACCUAUCCUUUUCAUGUACGCAGGGCGCUUCUCUGGACCAUUCAUACACCCUCACCGCAAUGUCACAGUUUGUUUUCUAGAACCAACUAAGGGCAGGCUGGAGCUGCAACUUGAAGAUCCACUGAUGGGUGCGUGUGGGUGUGCAUGUUGGGUGAUGAGGAAUAAUGGCAUACUGAUAUAUACUUAUUUCCUUCAAUAUAUUGAGGAAACAGAAAAUACCAAGUACUAAUGUCAUUUUUUUCUUUUCCCAAAUUUCACUUUCCCUGUCUCUGUCUUUGAAAUCUUUUCCUCUUUCUACCUCUCACUGUCCAUUCAUGCAUUUCCUUUGCAAACAAACAAUUAUGUGUUGUACCCUUUCAUCAUCACAUUCCUCUUCCCAUCUUCACUUCCCUCCAAUCUUCUCUUCAAUUUCCAUGUUCUUUCAUUCAUUCUUCCUUUCCCUUUACUUUCUACUCCUUUCCACCUCUCCUGUCCCUAUC